GCUCUGUUUGUCGUCUGCUCCAUAGACGUGACGUCGUCGGCGCCAACCAACUCUUGUCUGCUGCAGGUAACUUAAGCCUCAGCCUGGUUUCUCGUAACAUUUUUUUUUUACUUAUAGUAUGUAAUAUUUUUGUACCGUUUGAGAUGUUACUGAAAUCUUCCACCAAGAGGAAGAGAAAGUUCAACAAAUGUUGUCUAACAAGUUUAACUUUCGAAUAAGUAAGUGAACUAUAUUAAAUAAAAAUGUGAGAAUGUGAUCUCCGAAUUGUUAUUAAUUUUUUUCUUUAUUAAUUUUGACCAUUGUCCUCACAGUUAAUACAUGUUCAACUUAAUUUGUUCCUUUUUAACCAAAAGUUCGUGAAAUGCUCCCUCUGUUUCCUUUUCUCCCCACAAUUCGUAGAAUAUUUAAAAAGCGCUUGAAAUAUUCACUUUCUUUUUUGUUUCACCAACAGUGCAUUAAAUGUUCAUUGUGUCUCACCAACAGUGCAUAAAUUGUUCCAUUUGUAUCACCAACAGUGCAUUAAAUGUUCACUUUGUCUCACCAUCAGUGCAUUGAAUGUUCACUUUGUCUCACCAACAGUGCAUGAAAGACGUGCUCAAAUGUAAACGUGAUGAGAACGUCGGCAUUGUGUCUGAGAUGGAAUGUUGUGACAAGUACACACUGUGUUACUUCAUGUGUCAACCUGAUGCUGAAGGGCCACCUCCGUAAGUACCGGGGGAGGGGUGGUUUCUAAUUUGGGGGACAUUGUGUUACUUCAUGUGUCAACACGAGGCUGAGGGGCCACCUCCGCACGUAANAUGGGUGACAUAGUGUUACUUCAUGUGUCAACACGAGGCUGAGGGGCCACCUCCGUAAGUAAGGGGGGGGGGGGUCUAACAUGGGUGACAUAGUGUUACUUCAUGUGUCAACACGAGGCUGAGGGGCCACCUCCGCACGUAAUUAAACACUUAAAAAAAAAAGAAGUACAGUCCAAGCAGUUUGUAAAAUGGUGUGCCUUGUGACUCAUCCCUGUCAACGUGUUCCAGGUGCAGCAGCAGUAAAGGAAAGAGAGGAAGUUGGAACAAGAGA